GGGCUGAAGUUCCUGCAUAAAGUACUUAUUGAAACAUUUAUCUGUGGAAUGAGUCCCAGGCUAUGAGCCAGAAGAUCUGGAUUCCUGGUUUUGGUUCUAUAGUGAACUUGCUGGUUGGCCUUUGCCAAGUCAUUGCCUUGAGUUAGUUUCUCCCAUUUGUGAAAUGGAAUAAACAGCACAUUUCCCCCUUCAGCCCCCGUGGUUACAGCAUUAAGAGAAUGAGAAAAGCAAACAAGUGCUUUGGACAGUUAAAUGCAUUGCUUCAAGAUGAAGCUGUUACUCUAGCUGUUGUCAGGGUCAAGGCCCUGGCUGGGGCUAUGGUCCCCUUUUCUAGGUCCUUGUCUUCCUCCCGUCGGCCUGGGGGCGCCCGCACACGGGGCCUCUCUAGCCCAGAACUCUUCUCUAUGGUUUCCCCUCCCGGACCGUGAAGGCGGGAGGGAGUGGCCCCAUGCCUUUUCCGCUAGUCGCCCCCCUCUAGCUCACAGUCUCGAUGCCCUGAGCCUCCCGCGCCGGCCGGCUGGCCGGGAGAACAGGCGGGCGCUUGGGGGGCGUUUGGGGGGCGGGGGAGUUCCGGUUCCGGUUCUUUGUGCAGCUGCAGCGGCGGCUCCGGGAAGAUGGCGGCCCGGGCGGGUUUCCAGUCUGUGGUUCCGAGCGGCGGCGCCGGAGCAGCUGGAGGAGCGGGCGCGGCGGCCGCACUAGGCCCGGGCGGAACUCCGGGGCCUCCGGUGCGAAUGGGCCCGGCGCCGGGUCAAGGGCUGUACCGCUCCCCGAUGCCCGGAGCGGCCUAUCCGAGACCAGGUAUGCUUCCGGGCAGCCGAAUGACACCUCAGGGACCUUCCAUGGGACCCCCUGGCUAUGGGGGGAACCCUUCAGUCCGACCUGGCCUGGCCCAGUCAGGGAUGGACCAAUCCCGCAAGAGACCUGCGCCUCAGCAGAUCCAGCAGGUCCAGCAGCAGGCAGUACAAAAUCGAAAUCACAAUGCAAAGAAAAAGAAGAUGGCUGACAAAAUUCUACCUCAAAGGAUUCGUGAACUGGUACCAGAAUCCCAGGCCUAUAUGGAUCUCUUGGCUUUUGAAAGGAAACUGGACCAGACUAUCAUGAGGAAACGGCUAGAUAUCCAGGAGGCCUUGAAACGUCCCAUCAAGCAAAAACGGAAGCUGCGAAUUUUCAUUUCUAACACUUUCAAUCCGGCUAAGUCAGAUGCCGAGGAUGGGGAAGGGACAGUGGCUUCCUGGGAGCUUCGGGUAGAAGGACGGCUCCUGGAGGAUUCAGCCUUGUCCAAAUAUGAUGCUACCAAGCAAAAGAGGAAGUUCUCUUCCUUUUUUAAGUCCUUGGUGAUCGAACUGGACAAAGACCUGUAUGGGCCAGACAACCAUCUGGUAGAAUGGCACAGGACCGCCACUACCCAGGAGACUGAUGGCUUCCAGGUGAAGCGGCCAGGAGAUGUGAAUGUACGGUGUACUGUUCUACUGAUGUUGGAUUACCAGCCUCCUCAGUUUAAAUUAGACCCUCGCCUGGCUCGGCUCUUGGGCAUCCACACCCAGACUCGUCCUGUGAUCAUUCAAGCACUGUGGCAAUAUAUCAAGACACAUAAGCUCCAGGACCCUCAUGAACGGGAAUUUGUCAUCUGUGACAAAUACCUCCAGCAGAUCUUUGAGUCUCAACGUAUGAAGUUUUCAGAGAUCCCUCAGCGACUCCAUGCCUUGCUUAUGCCACCAGAACCUAUCAUCAUUAAUCAUGUCAUCAGUGUUGAUCCAAAUGAUCAGAAAAAAACAGCUUGUUAUGACAUUGAUGUGGAAGUGGAUGACACCUUGAAGACCCAGAUGAAUUCUUUUCUCCUGUCCACUGCCAGCCAGCAGGAGAUUGCUACUCUGGAUAACAAGAUCCACGAGACAAUAGAAACUAUCAACCAACUGAAGACACAGCGAGAAUUCAUGCUAAGCUUUGCCAGAGACCCUCAGGGUUUCAUCAAUGACUGGCUUCAGUCCCAGUGCCGCGACCUCAAGACAAUGACUGAUGUGGUGGGUAACCCGGAGGAAGAGCGCCGAGCUGAGUUCUACUUCCAGCCUUGGGCUCAGGAGGCCGUAUGCCGAUACUUCUACUCCAAGGUGCAGCAGAGACGACAAGAAUUAGAGCAAGCCCUGGGAAUCCGGAAUACAUAGGGUCUCUUCCACAGCCUUGAUUUGGCUGCACCGAAUCUUUAUUUGGGCCCUGUGCUGCCUGCCUCAUAGCACCUGCCUUGGUCUUGCUUGGGGCGUUCCAGGGGAUGCUGUUGGUUCAAGGACAACACCAGAAUGAAGAGGGUCUCACAUUUCUGUCUCACAAGACAGCUAUUACCCUCUUCUCUCACCCUAUCCCUUCUCACCCCCAGCUUCCCUUUGCCCCACAGAGCUCCCACGUGCCUCUACCCUCCCCUGGUCUACAUAGGACCUCUAGAUAGUGUUAGAGAGAGAACCUGUAGUGGUAAUCAGUGCUCAGAAUGGAGUGGGCCUAAGGCCAGGUGGUCUUCAAGGGGACCAGCUACACUGAUCCUGCCCUUCAGAGACCCAGGAAUUGGAGCUUUAUUGCCUCUUCUCCCAAACUCAGGCCUGAGGGCACUCUAUAAGCUAGUUGAUCUUGGCUCUCCUUAUAACAGAAUCCAAUUUCCUUCCUUCCCUCCACAGGUUUGGAGCAAACUCUCCCUUGUUGCCCUCUAGCACUAAAGGAACCCUGGCUUUCGGGCUCCACUGAGCCCCAGGUCAGUCCCCAGCCCUCGGGAUUGGCCUGCUCUCUCAGUGCUUCUUACUGCUUAGUAGGGGGUCCACAUCAGUAUUGGAGUUUGUUCUUUAACUGUUGCUCCCUCCUAGCAUACUCCUUGUAGCUGCCCUUUUAGGAUUCCCUCAUAUCUGUCCUAACCCAGGGCAUUUGGGUAGGGGAAUCUUGCCUUUCCCUUUUAGAGCCCCAGGGAUCUAAUCUGGGGUACUGUCAUUGCCAGCAGAGGCUGUUCCUUCCUGCUGUUGCUUGGAGGGGUGACUCAUUCACUCCACGCUGCCCCACUACCCCAUUCUUUACUGGAGAAACAGGCCUAAAAUCAAACGGGUAUAAGCCCUAGGCCAUCCCUGUCUUCCUGUCCCUUGCCUGCCCAGUUGACACUCACUGGUGACUUCUAGGGCACUGAGGAGUGAAAGCGCCUAGGGCUGGAGAAUAGCGCUGAGUUGGGUUUGUGACUCUUCCCUCUCCCUGCCUCACAGGACUGUGGCUCCCCAGCCCCUGCCCUCAAAGCUUCAGACCCCUCAGGUAGCAGCAGGACCUUGUGAUCUUGGCCCCUUGGAACUGAGAUGGUUUUGCAUCUUUCCAGGAGAGCCUCAGAUUCUUCUUCCAGGUUGUAUCACCCCAAGUUAGCAUAUCCCAGGCUCGCAGACUACACAGCAGGGUGGGAGACAGCUGGGCAAAGAGGGGGAAUUCCGUUCAGCAUGGGCUCUAAAGCCACAGAACUGACAAAGCCCCUGCUUCCCCACCCCCUCCUCAGGCUCCUGCGAGCACAUCCCCCCAGCCCCUUAUCUAACUUGCCUGUUCUGCACUGGGGACAGCAGAAUUUUCUCUCCAUCCUCCUUUUCCUGUCAUUAUCCCUCCCUUGAGAGGCUCUCCCCACAGUGACACUGGACAACCUUGGGGCAGCUGAGUCCUGGCCCGGCUCCUGGCUGGAACCAUGAGAAGGAAGCUCAGCACUCCUACUACAGUGUCCCUGUUGAAGAUAACUUUUUAUUAACUGAAUUAUUAUGUUUUUUUCAUGGACCAAAAUUUUUUUUGUACUGUCCCCUUAUCGAUGUCACCCAGUUUUAAUAAAAGAAUCUUCUGAA